CGAAGACAUCGACCAGAUGUUUAGCAGGAUUUCAGUGGCUCUGAAUAAAAGCAAAGCAGUCACAAGACCACAAUUAGAGGGGGUUAUUCAGGGAGCGUUCACUCCUAGUCCAACGACAGUUUUCGUAGAAAAUGUCUACGAUGUCAAGUCUUGGAUUCGCCCUUACAUUGCAACUUUCAAAAAUCACAGUCAUCCCCAUGCAUUCCGGUUCAAACUAAAUGAACUAGGACAGGUGGAAAUGACUUAUAGAGACUGGGCGAAUUCGAAAGCAAAGGAGUGGCUUCCCCAGCCCCCUCAUAUCAGCCUGCGAACUCUACCGAAGGGAAACCCGGCAAUAUUAAAACCAGAUUUAGCGAAAUGCCCUACGGUAGAGAGAAUGAGAGAGGCUGUUGGAAAGAUGAAGCCACGCAUGACCGGAGAAGAGAUAGGGUGGUGGGAAAGGACAAUAGAAGAAGAGCAAGCAAAGAUAAAACAGUGGAAUGAACUAAGCGACUGCCAGUAUAAGGAAGCAGGAAAGGCAUUCGACUUGUUGUCCUUUCGCUAUCACCCACCCGACCCAGAUCCAGAAACGUAUGACGAAGAAUAUGAAAAACGGAGAGAAAUGCUUCAGAAGCAGAUCGAUAAGAGAAACACCUUCAAACCAGUUUUAUUGGUCAAGAAGGCAAAGUAGCUGCGCUG